AUGAAGCUGAAGGAGAUCCAUCGCACAUCUACCUUUGCGUGGUCUCCGCACGCGAGCGUGCCGUUGCUGGCGACGGGUACGGUCGCCGGUGCGCUCGACGAAUCCUUCAGCAAUGAGAGCCAACUUGAGAUCUGGGCUCCUGCGUUUAUGGACAAGCAAGAAUACGAGCUCGGCGGUGAAGGUCAAUCUGGGCCGAAAGGAACUGUAACAACUGGCGCGCGCUUCAACAAGCUUGCAUGGGGAUUCCCUGAUGCCGCGAGUCGGCCAAGUGGUGUCAUCGCGAGCGGCAUGGAUAAUGGGGAACUUGCGAUCUGGGACCCCGACCGGAUUGUGGCGGGUCACGAAGACGCGUCGAUAUUCAAGAACUCAACACAUACCGGUCCUGUGCGCGGACUCGACUUCAACCCGAUCCAGCCAAAUCUACUCGGAAGCGGUGCUGUUGGCGGCGAGAUCUUCAUCUGGAAUAUGCUCGACCCGGCGAAACCCUAUUCGCCCGGUGCGAAGAGCAAUAAGCUCGAAGAUAUCUCAGCGCUUGCGUGGAAUAAUCAGGUCGCACAUGUACUCGCUUCAGCAUCGACAUCGGGAUAUACCGUCGUCUGGGAUCUGCGCCACAAGCGCGAAGUCGUUGCGCUCACUUACGGCGCCGGAGGUGGUCCUGUCAUGGGUGGCGUGCAAGGAGGUCUUGCCUACGGCGCGCGUCGCGGCAUGAGCGACGUCGCCUGGCAUCCGGAGAACGCGACGCGCCUUGUCACAUCGUCCGAGGACGAUGCUUCGCCUGUUAUCAUGGUCUGGGACCUUCGUAACGCCCGCGCUCCGGAGAAGAUCCUGACAGGUCACGAAAAAGGAGUCCUCUCACUAUCGUGGUGCAAGCAGGAUCCCGAUCUAUUGCUCUCGUCCGGAAAGGAUAACCGUGCGUUGUGUUGGAACCCGCAAACGUCCGAGAUCAUUGGAGAGCUCCCUUCGGCUUCGAACUGGGCGUUCCAGGUCGACUGGUGUCCGCGCAACCCGGACUUGCUCGCUACGGCCUUCUUCGACGGGACCAUCGGCAUCCACAGCAUCCAGUCCCCUGCAGACGGCGCGGAUGGUCAAAUCCCAAUCCACACACCUCGUCCGGAUGGCGCAGACGUGUUCGAUGACCUCGGUUCUGCGCGCCACUCUCAGGCAACGUUCAGUCUCAAGCAGCCGCCGAAAUGGCUUCGCCGACCCGUGUCCGCUUCCUUCGGUUAUGGCGGUCGUCUGGUCUCUGUCUCCAACCUUCCAUCUGCGAGCGGAACCCACCAAUCUGGCGCCGUCCAUCUGCGUACUGUCGUCACCGAGGACGAUGUCGUUGAGCGCGCGAGCAAACUGCGCGACGCAGAGGCUGCCGGUACACUCUCCGCUCUCGCCGAGGAACGCUCUCAAGAGGGCGACACCUGGAAAGCGCUUCUCACGCUCUUCCGUGCCGAUUCCCGCGACGAACUCAUCACACUACUCGGCUUCUCCAAGGCCGACAUUGCCGCGAAAGUCGCCGAGGCUGUCGAGAAGCUCAAGGCGCAGCGAGAAUCCGAUGCGCAGGAGCAAGAGGAUGAUGAGAGCACACCGCCAAAGAGCCCAGUCGAACUUGCAGACGACGUGAAUAAGACGCCGCAUGAGCCUGUCGUCAGCUUCGCCGAGCCUGAGGCUUCAGACGAGGCGCCUGAGCUCACCCCGAGCGAGGUCUCUGCAUCUGCCACGAGCGACGCUGCUGGCGUGCCAGCGGAUGGCGAAAGCACGACCACGGCACCCAGCCUUUUCGGCGACGAUAUCGGCGCCGGAGCGGGUACGCCACAGCUCGGCGGUGCAGACGCGGACUUCUUCUCGACCAUCGGACUCGCCCCGCCGGGCGGCGACACUGCGCCGAACGUCCCGCACACGAACUAUGGCUUGGACAGCUCCGUGGCCGCGACUAUUGGCAGUGGACCCAGCAGUGUGGCCAGUGAGCGCGCGGGGCUUGAAGGCCCUGCACAGACGACGUUCAGGAUUUACCCUGCCGGAGAGAGCGAGACGGACAGGCUCGUCACCCGUGCACUCGUAGUCGGCGACUUCGAUAGUGCCGUCGCGCUUUGCCUUGGCGCGGGUCGCUACGCAGACGCAAUUCUGCUAGCGGCACGCGGCGGGCCUGAGCUUCUGCAGCGCACGCAGACAGCCUACUUUGCCGCGCACACAGCCCAACUACCGUACCUCCGCCUGUUCCAGAGUGUCGUCACCAACGAUCUUGCCGACGUCGUACAAAACGCAGAUCUUGCAGAGUGGACGGAGAUAUUUGUCGUGUUGUGCACGUUCGCCAGUUGCGACGAGUUCGCUGGUCUCGCCGAGCAACUCGGUCGCCGCCUUGAGUUCGCAGGCGCGCUUUUGCCCAAGGAGAAGGUUGCGGAGCGUGAACAGGCGCAUCGCAACGCCAUGCUUGCCUACCUCGCAGCGGGUCGCCUUGAACGACUCGUCGCUCUUUGGACGGAUGAGCUAGCAGCGGACGAGCGCUCGUUGCUCGAGUCCGGCGCGGCAGCCAGCGCUUAUGCGGCCCAUGCACGUGCCCUUGCCGCAUUCAUAGAGAAGGUCGCCCUCUUCCGUGCCGCUACGCGUUACGCUGACACGGACAUGGGUCUCAACGGCGGCGAUGAUGGAGAGACAACCUUCCGCCUUGCUGCGCUGUACGAUCGCUACGUCGAGUAUGCCGACUUACUUGCCACUCAAGGUGCUCUCGACGUGGCCAACGCGUAUGUCACGCUUGUUCCGCCUGCGUACGCGAGCGCGCUCGACAUCGUCGGUGGUCGUGAGCGCAUCGUGAAGGCCGCUAGCAAAGGGCCUGCCAAGGUUGCCUCGACUUCGACGACCAAGGCUAAGGCGACAUACGGCGCGCCUGCGUAUGGUGCGGCUCCUGCGGCUGCUCCUGGUCCUUACGGCGCGCCUGCUCCGGCUGUACCUGCUUAUGGCGUACCUCCGCCUGCUCCUACUACGUCUACUGGGCCGUAUGGCGCUCCUGCUCCAUCUGGUCCCUAUGGCGCACCUCCUGCUCCUGCUGGUCCCUACGGUGCCCCGUCUGCUCCGCCCUCCGGCCCGUAUGGCGCGCCUCCUGCUCCAUCCGGUCCUUAUGGCGCACCUGCACCCUCUGGUCCUUAUGGCGCUGCGCCAGGCCCCUCGGGCCCGUAUGGUGCUCCCGCUCCCUCUGGACCUCCACCUCCUGGCCCGUACGGCGGCAACUCGCAGUACGGCGGCACACCCCAGAUGGUUCCGCCUCCCCGUCCUUUCAGCAACCAGCCUCCUCCGCCCAGCGUACCGAUCAAGCGCGACGCAGGCGGCUGGAACGACGCACCCUCAACACUUCCCGAGCGUCGUACGCCUGGACCAGCAGCGAGCAAGCCUCCAUCGGCUAUCACCGCGCCAUUCCCAGGCGGCCAGACCGCAGGUGUGAUGAGCCCUACGCUUCGGCAGGUAGCGGGUAUGAGCCCUCCGCUUCGUGGCGCCAGCCCUGUGGCGCCUCCGCCUCGCCCUGGUAGUCGUUCGGCGAGCGCCGCUCCCCCGCCCCCGCAGCGUGGGCAUGUCACUGCUCCGCCGCGCGCGACGCCUCCGCCACCUGCCGGCGCUUAUGCGCCUCCCCGGCCGCCGUCGAACGCAGGCGCUAGCCCGUACGCUCCUCCACAGUCGCAGGGAGCAAGCCCGUACGCCCCUCCGCAGGCCGCUAACACUGGUCCGUACGCGCCGCCGCCGAACGCGAAUGCGGGCCCGUAUGGCGCGCCGCCGCCCGGUCCCGUGCCGAACGCCAAUGCUGGCCCAUACCGUCCGCAACAACCCUCGACUGGCCCAUAUGCACCUCCGCCGGGCGCUCAGGGUGGCAUUGCGCCGCCACCAGGUGGAUCCCUUGCGCCUGCUGCAGCUCCUGCACCCGCUCCUGCGCCUCCCCCGAAGCCCGCCGCGCCUGCUGGACCGAAGUACCCUCCGGGUGACCGCAGUCACAUCCCUGCGUCGUUGGAACCUGCAUACGCGACGAUCACAGGCAUACUGGGCCAACUCCGCGCCGCGUUCCCCGCGCAAAAGAGGCUGCUCGACGACGUCGAGAAGCGCUUGAACCCGUUGUUCGACGCUAUGAACUGCGAAACUCUUCCGGAUCCCGUCGUGGAGAAGCUUCUGGUCAUGACUCAAGCGAUGCGCGCGGGCGACAAGCCAACUGCCCUGGAUAUCCAUGUCGAAAUGCUCACAAGCAGCAUGGGCGCGAACAUCUCUGGCUGGAUGUCCGGUCUCAAGCAGCUUAUUCAGCGUAUGUAG